AUGAAGGACGAUAAAAGGAAAGCACCAGAAACCCUAGAAUUACAAGAUGGAUCCCUUGAACCAAGGAAGCUUUGGAUUGAUGUAAUAAGUGGUAAUCAGAAUCCAGGGAACGAAAUGGCAAUUAAGUUUAUCACACCCAAGCUUGUUGACGGAGUCAUUGAAGUCGAGAGUGAUGAAGCUGACAUCGUGAAUGAGAAUUUUGAAAAACUACCUGACAUAUACUACAAUGACGAAGGUUAUUUUGUAUUGAGAUUCCAUUCUUACCAAGAUAGGGAUGCUGUAUUGAGGAAAGGACCAUAUACAAUAAGAAAUAUGCCAAUAUUGUUAUCUAAAUGGAAACCAGACUUCAAUUUGAAGAGAGACAUGCUGCUUACUAUCCUGAUUUUGGUCAAACUACCUCAACUACCAAUUUACUUAUGGGGUUCCAAGAGCUUAAGUAAAAUAGGUAGGGCAUUAGGUACACAAUUGAUGACAGAUGAAUGCACCGAAAAUCGGUAUCGUAUCUCUUAUGCUAGAAUCUUGGUUGAGAUAGAAAUCACACAAGAGAUAGUGAAAGAAAUUACAAUCAAAGACAAGACAGGAGAGAAGAUGCAACAAUCUGUGGAGUACGAGUGGAGACCACCAUACUGCAUAAAAUUUCAGAAGAUCGGCCACACUUAUGGAGGAAAGCAACAAAAGCAACAUACAAAGCAAUUGAUACCAAAAGAGAAGGACACAACAAAAACAACAGGAGGUGGAAAUCAAUGCUAA